UGAAAAUGCUUGACAUUGAGAAUUGUUUUAAUCAGACAUCAAGGGAGUAUAUAGUUGGUUAUUUUUUCUAAGUGAAUUGUUCUUAAUAAUGAUCUAGUUGAUAGACAUGGCCGAUUUAGUAGGCAAUUAUUUCAGCAGUUUGGCUUUAAAAUAACUACCAAAGUACGACCAUAUUUGGGUUUGAUUGGUGAAGUAGACUGUGUUGUCAGUAGGCCUAGUUAACUGAAAUGCGUAAGCUUACUUUAGGCCAGCACAAUGUUUGCAUAAUUUUGAUAUUCAAAUGUUGUUAUUUUCUCAGUAAAAUAUGUAGAAUGCAAUCAAUGAUUGCAUUCUACAUAAUGAACAGAAAUGUAAAGCAGGCCUAUAUCUAACAUUACACAAAUGUUAUUUGUAACGUGCACAUCUCCUCUUUGGGAAAAGGACGUCGUGUGUCGUUGUCCCGUGUUGUGGAAAAAUGCCAAACAAAAAAACCCUCUUGCUCACUCAUAGUGAAUUGCCCAAUUCUUGGGUAUGUGUGACUGACGUUGCUUUACCAACGCUGUGCUUAAAAUCAGGACAAUGUUUUUUUGGAAUCAAAGUAAUCAAUCCUUAGUUACGACGCAACAGCUUUUUGGAAGCUGAUCGUGUGAGAAAUCGACAAAAGCUACAUAUGCUAUAGGGGACCAGAGUGGAAAGGAAACUCCCCAAAGAAGGCGUUGAUGGUCCCGGUAGACAACAUGAAAUAUGCCUCUUCUGAGAAAAGUGAACCGUGCUCUCCUUACGCUUCUGGUGGUCAUGGUGUGUGUCCUGCUCCACAGCAAGCUGUGGGGGGCUCCACCACCGCACCCACAGACAGAACAUAAGGACAACAGCAAAAAUGAUAUUCCUGUGGUUAUAUGCGCGUCCGAAAAUCGAAUGGGCGCAGCCAUGGCGACCAUCAACAGUGUCCAUAGCAACACAGAUGCCAGUCUGAUCUUCUUCAUCGUCACUCUUGAAGGAGCAAUCCAACUGACACGGCAGUACAUAGAGCGCAGCGCGUUAAAGGGGAUUAAGUACAAGAUCCUGGAGUUCAACCCCAAGGUUCUGAGCGGGAAGGUGAAGCCGGACUCAUCGCGACCGGACCUCCUGCACCCGCUUAAUUUUGUGCGCUUUUAUCUACCCCUGCUGGACAUUAACUACAACAAACUGAUAUACCUGGACGAUGAUGUCAUUGUGCAAGGCGACAUCAAGGACCUGUUCAGCAUCCGACUGCAGCCAGGCCAUGCCGCUGCCUUCGCCAGUGACUGUGACCUGCCCCCCACCCACGAGAUGGUGCGCAGUGUGGGUAUGCAGACGACCUACAUGGGUUUCCUGGACUACAGAAAGAAGCAAGUGAGAGACCUAGGCAUCAACCCCAGAGAUUGCACCUUCAACCCUGGGGUCUUUGUGGCAGAUAUGCAGGAGUGGAAGAAACAGAAGAUCACCAAACAGCUGGAGAAAUGGAUGGAGGAGAACGUCAAGAAGAACCUCUACAGCAGCUCCAUCGCGGGGGGCGUGGCCACCCCACCCAUGCUGAUCGUCUUCCACAACAAGUACACCACCAUCGACCCGUCCUGGAACGUCCGGCAUCUAGGAUGGAGUCCUAGCUCAAGCUACCCCAGCUAUGUCCUCGACAAAGCCAACCUGCUGCACUGGAACGGCCUCUACAAACCGUGGAAAUACCCCAGUGUCCACCUCGACGUGUGGGAGAAGUGGUUUAUCCCUGACCCUACAGGAAACUUCUUCUUGCUGCGACCCGACAGCGACAGCUGAAGACUGAAGGCUGUUACCCAUUUUGGUUCAAAUGUGGGUGUUGGAAUGCUGUAAUCCCUAGUGAGCAAUGAAGAGGCUGACCGGUGGACAACAAAAACAGUCAGUCAGGAAACAUUGCACGAUGCAAACUUGAGGGAAUGUGACUGAUGAGUGUAUUAAGAAAUAAGUGCCUUGUUCAGAGUGUAAGCAAGACAGCAAUAUAUAUUAUAUACAUUUCCAAAGAACGUAGGAAAUCGUUGAUAACACUCGAUCGUUAUUGAGGAUUUCAGCAAGAUUCAUUGAAUCCUCAUAUCUGGAAAAUUGAUGACAGAAGCUGAAUCAAGACAUCAAUUUCGAUUCAUGUGAAAAUUAAAUACUGUUGGUGGUUUCUAUUUGUUUGUUUGCAGAGAUAUUUGAAAUAUUUCCAACAGCAAGGUCACUUUCCCUUAAUCACUCUGCGAUUGAUACAUGCUGAUGUCGUGGCAAAUAUGCGCAUAUGUUCUCAGGAAGGUAAUUCGAGUAGGAAAGAACCCACACAAGACCAAGAUGAUUCCUUACAAACACAUUUAAUGGCUCUCAUGAAAGGAAGCGCAACGCUCCAUAACUGCUCAGUUAAAUAUUAACAAAUUUACAGUCAUGUUGAAUGCAAAAAGAAACAACACAGAUGAACCCUACUAAAGAAGUGCCUUAAUAUAUUAAUCCCUGAACUAGCCCCCCCCCCCGAUCCCUGAUCCUCCACACCCUGACCAGGUCAGUCCGGCUCCUCUCACAGCUCUAUCUUCGUACUCUGGGAACAGAAACAAACAGAAAGAGUUUUAACAUAUACCCCCAAAGGAAACGGUCACACCACUGGUGAAGGUUGUGCAGAUAUAACAGUGUACAGUUUGACCAUGUUGAAAAAAUAAAUACCUGAUCCACUUCUUCCUCUUCAUCUUUAAUUUCCUCCACGUCCUUCUCCGCACCCUCCUCUUCCUCAGCUUGCUCCUCUUCAGGCUCCUCCUCCACCUCCUCUUCAACCUGGCCACAGAAAAACAAUCAUUUAUACAUCAUUUUUAAUAAAUCUUAUGAGGCUGGGAGUCACACA